AGAGGGGUUAUCGGAAAAGCAAAGGGAAAGGACUCACCAGCAAAGUUGAAGACAUUAGUUGUAUGGAAGGAGGUGUAUGGUUCUUUAAAAAACUGAAUGCUAUUUUUAAUUUAAGUAAAAUCUGAAAAGUGGAAACCUGUCUUGGAAGAGAUUGCCAAAUAUUAAAAGUUGAGUGACUAGAACUAGAGAGGAACAGAUGUUUUUGGUGAAGGUUGGUUAUCUCCCACUUAAUAAGCCAGCAGGAAUCUGUAUGAAUACAACACGCCUCAUUGGCAAACAGGGAGACCUAACGUGUUUGCUUAGUUGUGUGUAGAUACGCUUAGCUACCCCACAUAAAUGUGGAGUCGGAAAACUGGGCCCACGUUAACAGCUGUGACUUCGUUGUAAGAUUUUGAAUCUGGAAAAGAAGUCACUCUGAAUGAGGAUCACACGUGUGACCUUUGGAAGCAGUCUUGAUGGGUUGCAGAGAACAUGGGGCAAAAACCAUCACAACAGUUGGCUCUGAAAGACGGCACAGAGGUUUUCAGCGUCGGUGAGGUUGUCAGCGAGGCGAUAGUCCAUGCGGCUGAGAAACUGAAGGACUAUCUUGGAUUUGAAGAUCCUCUGAGCAACCUGUGCCCAGCUUCAAACACUCUGAAUGAGAUCUUCUUAAUCCACUUUGUCACCUUCUGCCAAGAAAAGGGAGUUGAUGAGUGGCUCACCACCACCAAGAUGUCCAAGCACCAAGCCGUACUCUUUGGGGCAGACUGGAUUUGGACCUUCUGGGGAUCCGAUAAGCAAAUAAGGCUGCAGCUGGCAGUGCAGACCCUGCAGAUGUCUACUCUUCCUCCUGUGGUUUCUAAGCCUUGCGACUUCUCACAUCCAGAAUCCGGGCCAGAGGAGCCUUCCAGGAAGAGAAGUAGAUUCGAUAAGCUGGAAGAUUUCUGUAACCUGAUAGGAGAGGAUUGCCUGGGCCUGUUUAUCAUCUUUGGUGUGCCAGGAAAGCCCAAAGACAUCAGAGGAGUUGUCCUGGACAGUGUCAAAAGUGAGACAGUGAGGGGCCAUCUGCCAGGAGCAAAGGCCGUGGCGCAAUUUGUCCGGGAAACUGAAGACUGUGUCUCCAUCAGAGAGCUGCUUGGAAACUGUCUGAGUAAGAAAGAUGGGCUGAGAGAGGUGGGCAAGGUUUAUAUUAGCAUCCUCUGAACUGGAUGUGCACAAUCAGACUGGCCUGUAAGGCAAAAAGAAAAAAUAUUCUAAUAGGCAAGCUCACACACUUGCAUCAUCCCAGCAUGGGAUAUGUUGUUUUUGUUUUGUUUUUUUUUUACACCCACCCUCCAUUGAAUGAAAAUGAUCACCUGGGCCAAAAAAUAUAAUGUCAUGACUACGGAGAGGGAAAAACCCUGCCUGCAUUGCAGGGAAAAGUUACAAUUUCCUUUAUUCAAUUAUAAAAAUGGGAGGAGGGGAUAAUAAAGUCACCCUUAAAGUUUGAUUUGCUUAAAAAAUGCGUCUUUGUUUAUUAUAAUAAGUCUAGAACUUGCAAGUGUAAAAUGUAUUUUUACUGCUGCGGGUGGAAGGUGGCUGGGGUGAGGUGGUGCCAUGCAGUCUCAGGGACUACAGAACAGGUUUAAUUACAUUUACAAUAUCAAUUUCAUUCCAGGACUUCUAGGCAAAACCUCAUUCCCCUUUCUUCCCCUAAGCUCUGCCUUUGCUCCCAGCUCAUCCCCAGCUGCUCUCUCUGUGCACAGAGGAUCUUGGUGGGAUUCACUUUAGGACUCACUUGAGUGUCAGCUUUUUCUAGGAUUUAAACACAGUGACCCCUAUAGCAAUCCCUUGUAAUGAUGAUUAACAUUUGUUUAGUAUUUGCAGUAAGUAAAGUGUAUUCACUUAUAAAAACCAUCUUUGCUUAAAAGCCUGGGUAGAAUUCUAGUACUUUAAGGGAGGAAAACUAACAGAAGCAAAAAAAAUGCUUAAAAGUGAAAAUGAAAGGUUCACUCACAUGACUGGUAAAUGAUUAUAUGUUAGGCCCUGUCCUGCACCUUUCCAAUCCAGUAGUAAAAAGAACAAAGUCCCUACUCUUGGGCAGUCUCUCUUUUAACGGUGGAAGACUAUCCAUAA